UUGGUCCGUCGGUUUUAUGUUGUGCUUAUGUUAUGUUAUGCAUUUCAUGUGCGAGGCCCUUAAGGCUGGAUCCUCAUGCAGACACCGGCGCUUUGACACCAAGCGUUGAUUGGUGAAAAACAGGUAGUGGGGAUAAAUAGCAGGUAAAUAACGCUAAAGGAACGGCAUUGUCAUGAGGAUUGAAUUUUUCACAGUUUUUCGGCGCUUAAGCGCUGAAAUAUAUUUAUUUAACAUGUUCAUCUGUUACCGAAACAUGUUUUUUGUAAUCGUUGAUUGCAUCACAAUCGCACGUGUCAAUAACCUUAAGCUAGUUUUGAAGAUUUAUAAUAAAAAUUAUAUACACACCAAAGAGAGAGAUCGCCUACAGCAGGCAGUCAAACAGUUCCCAUGCGGCACAAAUAAAAGUUUGCAAAAAUAUUAUUGGAUGUGGCUGCAAUUAUUAUUCGUAAAGACCGUUGUGCUCGCACUAGUCAAGAAAUUUGAGCUAUUAGUUUUGAAGACUUGUAAUAAAAAUUAAAUACAUAUAUACCAAA